GAAUCUCAACUGGUCUAGUUUUAACUGGAAUUGGGCCCAAACCGAGACUUUUUUUGGGGGAAGGAGGGAGGGAGUGGGUGAUGGACAAUAAUUAAAGAGUCAUCAUGAUGUUAUGGACAUGCUUGCUUCUGCUAGCCUUCAUGGCAGCAAGCUCAGUUGCUUCAGUGGGGAAACAGACAUACAUAAUCCACAUGGACAAGACCAAAAUCACAGCGUCAGAUGAUACUCCUGGAAAUGCCAGAAAAUGGUACGAAGUUGUGAUUGAUUCCAUGUCUGAAAACUCAUAUGAAGAUGAGCAAGUGUCACCCCUCGAGCUUCUUUAUAUCUAUGAGACCACCAUUUCUGGUUUUGCCGCCCAGCUCUCAACCAAACAGCUCGAAUCCUUAAAAAAACUCAACGGCUUUCUCUCCGCCAUUCCUGACGAAAUGCUAAGCCUCCACACCACUCACACCCCUCUGUUUCUUGGCCUGCAACCCGGCAGAGGACUCUGGAGCGCUUCCAGCUUGGCUUCAGAUGUGAUCAUAGGCAUUGUCGACACCGGAAUCUGGCCGGAACAUGUCAGUUUCAAGGAUUCCGGCAUGCCCAAAGUGCCCUCUCGUUGGAAAGGCGUUUGUGAGAAAGGCACAAACUUCUCUCGGUCAAGCUGUAACAAGAAACUAAUUGGUGCAAGAGCCUUCUUCAAAGGGUACGAGGCCUUUGCUGGAAGAAUCAAUGAGACUCUGGAUUAUCGAUCCCCUCGGGACUCUGAAGGCCACGGGACACACACUGCUUCAACUGCUGCCGGAAAUCUCGUGCACAGCGCAAGCCUCUUCGGCGUCGCAAAGGGUGUCGCCAGCGGAAUGAGAUAUACGUCAAGAGUUGCGGCUUAUAAAGCGUGCUGGACGGCAGGUUGCGCCAAUUCUGAUAUAUUGGCCGCCAUGGACCGUGCUGUUGCUGAUGGAGUCGAUGUCCUGUCACUCUCUUUAGGAGGAAUCUCCAGGCCAUAUUAUAGUGACAAUGUUGCAAUAGCCUCAUUUGGGGCAGUCCAAAAAGGGGUUUUUGUUUCUUGCUCCGCGGGCAAUUCAGGCCCUUUUAGCUCUUCUGUGGGCAAUACGGCACCAUGGAUCAUGACCGUUGCUGCAAGCUACAUCGACAGAAGCUUUCCAACAAAAGUGAAGCUUGGAAAUGGGAAAACUUUUGAAGGGUCAUCUUUAUACUCUGGCGAGCGGACUAAGCAGCUGCCACUUGUAUAUGCAAGCACUGCAGGUGGCAUAGGAGCAAAUCUUUGUCUUGAUGGCUCCCUAUCGCCAAAGCUUGUGAAGGGAAAGAUUGUUGUUUGCGAGCGAGGAAUAAAUAGCCGGACACAAAAGGGAGAGCAAGUGAAAAAGGCAGGAGGUGCUGGAAUGCUGUUACUCAACACUGAAGAUGAAGGUGAGGAGCUUUUUGCUGACCCCCACAUUUUGCCAGCCACUUCUUUAGGUGCUUCUGCAGGUAAAGCCGUCAAGAACUAUGUCGGCUCGGCGAAAACCCCAACCGCGUCGGUGACAUUCAAAGGAAUGGUUUACGGCAACACCGCACCAGCAAUGGCGGCAUUUUCGUCUCGAGGGCCAAGCUUGGUUGGACCGGAUGUGAUCAAGCCUGACGUGACUGCACCAGGCGUGAACAUAUUGGCUGCUUGGCCGCCAAAGACUAGCCCAUCCUUGCUCAACACCGACAAAAGAAGUGUCAUGUUCAACAUAAUUUCAGGGACUUCCAUGUCUUGUCCUCAUGUCAGUGGCUUAGCUGCUCUGCUCAAAUCUGUACACAAACGUUGGUCAUCUGCAGCAAUCAAAUCUGCUCUAAUGACAACAGCUUACACAGUAGACAACAAACGGGGUCCAAUAGCAGAUGUUGGCUCUAACACCUCUGCACCGGCAACACCUUUUGCAUUUGGUUCAGGCCAUGUUGAUCCACAAAGUGCUGCUAAUCCAGGGCUAAUCUACGACAUCUCAUCCAAGGACUACCUUAAUUAUUUGUGCAGCCUCAAUUAUACCUCUUCUCAGAUAGCUUUGCUGUCAAGGGGGAAUUUCACUUGUCCUAACAAAGCAGUUUUUGAGCCUGCAGGCAACCUGAAUUACCCUUCUUUUGCUGUGAUUUUGGAUGAAAAUGCCAGGAAAGUAAGUGUGGCAUACAAGAGGACAGUGACAAAUGUUGGGACCCCAAGGAGUACAUAUGUGGUGAAAGUGGAUGAACCAGUUGGAUUAUCAGUUACUGUUGAGCCAAGGAGCUUAACUUUUGGAAACUUGGGUGAGAAGUUAAGUUACAGUGUGAGGUUUACUGCAUUAGGUGGGAAAAAAAUUUCUACCAAGUUUUCUUUUGGGUCUUUGAUUUGGAUGUCUGAGUUGUAUACUGUGAGAAGUCCAAUAGCAGUAACUUGGCAAUGAUUUUGAAAUUAGAAGAGCUUUUAAGCUGGAAGGGAAGUAUUUGAAGAAGAAAUAAACAAGAAGAGCUUGGUGAAAUUCACCAAAAGCUUUGUGUUGAAAUUG